AUGACGGCCAACUUGCCGGAGAUCGCCCUUCUUCGGGACGUGGUGGAAGGCCACCGACCCAAUCUCACCCAAUAUGCCGACUUCUAUCGUGAUGUACACCGGCAUCCUGAAGUUGCGGCAAUGGAGAAGGAAACGGCUGAGAAAGUGGCCGCACAUCUGACCCGUCUUGGUUUCAAAGUCCAUUCUGGCAUCGGCGGUCACGGCGUUGUGGGGGUAUUUCAGAAUGGCGUAGGAAAAACCAUCUUGACGCGGGCCGAGCUCGAUGCAUUACCGAUUCUGGAGCAGACAAGCGUUCCCUACCGCAGUGAGCGGCGGAUGGUGGACCGAUACGGAAACGAGCGUCCCACCAUGCAUGCCUGUGGCCAUGACAUGAACAUGGCUGCUCUGUUGGCCGCUGCCGAUCUGCUGAACUCUGCCGCCCACCGGUGGAAAGGUACCCUGUUGGUGGUUUUCCAACCUGAGGAGGAAGAAUUGUCAGGGGCGAAGGCUAUGCUAGACGACGGCUUCUACGACUUGGUUCCCGUGCCAGAUAUCAUGCUAAGCCAGCAUGUGGUGCCGGCACGCGCCGGCACAGUAGCGAUACGAUCUGGCCCGAUACUCGCCGCUGACACAAUGCGCAUCAGGGUCAUUGACGGCCCUUGCGAAGGCAGCAUCAACCCGCAGUUUUGCGUCGACCCGGUACUUCUUGGAAUGCGCAUCGUGUCGGGGCUUCAGGAUGCCGUGACGAAGGAGGUCGGACAGGACGAGGAUGCCACCGUGGCCUGCUGGGGGUUUCAUGCCGGGGUGCCCGGGAAUGAUUAUGUCGCCUAUGCCAACAUCCUUCUCGACAUCAAAACGGUCAAGUCCGAUAUACCUCAACGUGUGCUUGGCCUCAUCACAAAACUAUUUCUGGACCAGUGCCGCGCCGCCGGUGUCCCACGGGAUCCCGAAAUCAACCACAGCGUUCGCGCGCCGCUAACCAGCAACCAUGAGUCCAUCGUCAAACCCAUUGACCGCGUUUUCAGGGAUUACUUUACGUCCAAAAUGACUGAAAUGGCAUUUGUGCGCUCCACCGAGGACUUUUCUGUCUUCGGCGCUACCCACAACAUCCGCGGUGGAAGAAAUGAUUGGAGACCAAAAUCACUAUACACGCAUCAUACCCAGGGGUCUGGUAGCACGAGGCGUGAGAUUAGGAGAUAA